UUCUAAUCUUUUACCGUUUUGGCAUAUGUGAUAAUUUUAAGUGCAAGCAAAUUGUAUCUGUACCGGAAAUGAUAAUUUUUUUUAUUUUAAUUUUAUUUGCUUCCUAGAUCUUUCCAUGACUUAAUUAAACUAAAUCCCUUUCACUUGGAUAACGAUUGUUUUAAAGAAGUCUCGCACGUGAUUUGUGGGCAAAUUGUAUCAUCAAUGAAAUCGAAAGUCUUCAACUUACUCUGGUUUGAUAGCCUUUCAAUCAAUCUGAUCAAAUUGCAUAAAUAUGAAAAUAUUUUCUUUCAAAGUAUCACAACACUCAAGGCCUUUGUCCAGUAAGCAAGUAAACCUAAGAAAAUGGCUUCAAACUUAUCAAUUCUUUGUCUCUUUGUCAUUGGAAGCAUUCUUUGUGGUGUUGAAGCGGAUAAAGUUAAGAAGCGUGAACUGCCUCUUUUUGGACAUGGGUAUAACUUCUUUGGUGGUGCAUCUUUGGGUGGAUGGAAGUCUGGAAAUGGAGGCAGUUUAGGACCAUGGAACUCAGGGCCAUCUCCAGCGGACGUUGCCAAUGCUAUUGCAGCAGCAAAACAAGCUUCUGCAAAUGUUCUCAUCGCUCAGCAACAAAUGCAAGCGGCUAGAGAAAAUGUUCUCAAACAACAACGCAUGGCAAUGGAACGUGAAACAGCCGCUACAAUUCUUACUCAAAAAAGCCAGGCUGCUGCAGCUAUUCAGAGAUCAGAAGCUGCUGCUGCUGCUCAAGGAGUUGUCCUGGCUCAACAGCGUUUGGCCGCUUCAAAGUCAGCAGUUGCUCAUCAGCAGCGUAUAGCUGCUGCUAAAGAAGCUGAAGCAGCUUCUGCCUUACAACGAUCUGCACAUGCUGCAGCUGCAGAAAUCCAGAAAUCCGAAUAUGAAGCAUCAAAGCUGGGACAAUUAAUACAAAAUGGAGCCGCUUCAACUGCUCAUCAUUUAUCAUUGACAAAGGAUAAUGCCUUCGGUCCUAUUAAUUCGGGAACAAAUCAUGUUCCAAAUUUGGAGUCGUAUGGUCCCUGGCAGGGGUCUGCAAUUGGUGGGGCUGGACCAGCUAAUGGAAAAGGUGGGCCUUGGUACUAAGGUUAUAACAUUCAAACUUAAUAUCGUUUAAGUUUAGUAUUUUUUUUUUAUUUACUAUAUAUUUUAAUGCAAUAAAAGAAUUGUUUUUG